AUGGGGAAGAAAGGAAGUUGGUUUUCUGCAAUCAAAAGGGUUUUUACUCCACAUUCCAAGGAGAAGCUAGGCAAUCAGGAAGCAGAGAGAAAGAGUGGUAAAGAAAAGAGGAAGAAAGGGUUUGGGAAGAGAGAGACUAAUUCAUUUCUUCCCAUCUUCAGAGAGCCAAGUAGUAUCGAAAAGAUCUUGGGAGAGGCUGAGAGAGAUCACAAUCUUGUGUUUAGGCCUCCUACUCCUCCUGAUAGAUCAAAUCCAUCUUCAGCUUCUCCUCCUCCGAGGCCUGCUUCUCCUCGGGUUCCUUCUCCAAGACCAACUUCUCCUAGAGUUGCUUCACCACGAGCCGCUUCUCCAAAGCCUCCGUCUCCAAGAGCAGAACUUCCAAGAUUGGAUUCACCGAGAUCUCUUUCACCAAAGCCCCGUGAUCGAUCAAAGCCAUCAUCAACCUCUGCCAAUGCUCCUCCUCCUCUUAGGCCUGCUUCUACUCGAGUUCAUUCUCAGAGAAUUGCCCCUCCAAUUCUUCCUCCUCCAAGACCAAUUUCACCAAGAGUUGCCUCUCCACAAGUCGUCACUCCAAAGCCGCCUUCUCCUAGAGCAGAGCCACCAACAUUGGAAACUCCAAGACCUCCUUCGCCAAAGCCUCCUUCUCCAAGAGCAGAGCCACCAAGGUUGGAUUCUCCAAGACCUCCUUCGCCAAAGCCUCCUUCUCCAAGAGCAGAACCACCAAGAUUGGAUGCCCCAAGACCCACUACGCCUAAGCCCCCUUCUCCAAGAUCAGUUUCGCCUAGGGCCGUGCAACGACGGGAGAUUGUUUAUAGACCAGAGCCCACUCUCUUGGUCCAACAUGCGUCUGCAACAAAGAUUCAAGCAGCUUUCAGAGGUUACACGGGAAGGAGGAGUUUCAGAGCUCUCAAAGGUCUAGUCAGGCUUCAAGGGGUGGUGAGAGGACACAGCGUGAAGCGGCAGACGAUAAAUGCAAUGAAGUACAUGCAGCAAUUGGUCCGUGUUCAAUCCCAAAUCCAGUCACGUCGGAUCAGAAUGUUGGAACACCGAGCCCAGGUUGAGAAAGAUGAAGCAAAAUGGGGUGCGUCUGAAGCUGGAAGCGAUGAUUGGGAUGACAGUGUGCUGACAAAAGAAGAAAGGGAUGCGAGAUCGCAGAGGAAAAUUGAUGCGAUCAUCAAGAGAGAACGGUCCAUGGCCUAUGCAUAUUCUCACAAGUUGUGGAAAAACAGUCCAAAGUCUGCUCAAGACAUUCGUACUUCAGGUGGGCUCCCUCUAUGGUGGAACUGGGUGGACCGGCAGCUUCCUCUUGCUAGUCCUGCACCGAGCUAUAGCCAACCACUAAGAGAUUACAGGCUAACACCAUCAAGACUGAGCCCAAGCCCUCUGUCUCAUUCAAGCAACCAACACCGUUUCAGGCUUGACAACAACUUCGACACUUCCACACCGAGAUCUUCGAGGUCAACACUUCUUACUCCAUCCAGACCCAUCCGCACGGGCACAUCAAGAUACUCAAGAGGAAGACUAAGAGGUCAAGAUUCUCCUUUCAAAGAUGAUGACAGCCUCACAAGCUGCCCUCCAUUCCCGAGCUACAUGGCUCCAACGGUCUCUGCCAAGGCGAAAGUUAGACCAACCAGCAAUCCAAAGGAGAGAGUGAUGGGUACACCAGUGAGUAACGAGCAGAGGAGAAUGUCGUUUCCCCCGAUGCAACAAGGUGUGGAUACAUUUAAGUGGAACAAAGGGACAUUGCUUAUGAGCAACAGCAGCAAUUACAAGGGUCCUGGUUCACCUGGAGGUGUGGUUCUUGAGAAGCACAAGACACUUAAAUCAGUAGGAAAUUUGAGCAUUGAUUCAUCUGCUUCAGUAGGUGGGAAAAAAGCUUUUAACAGAUUUGUGUGA